ACUGGUUGACCAAGCAGACUGCUGGGAACCACACUGGAGGCCUCUUGUAGAAUCAGACUGCAGAUGACCUGAAAGCCUUUAGGCAUUAUUCCUGAAUCAGAAACCUAUAGGCAGGCCAUCCUCUGCAUUGGAAAAUAACCCUUCAGGAUAGAGCAGAAGGAGAAAGACCCUUGUCCCAAUCAGCCUUGGAGCAGCUCAGCAAAAGAAGGUAGCAUUUCAUCUAGGACAGUGAUGGAGAGCCUCCCUUAGUCCUCACUCUAAAAUGCAAAAGCUAUCAGGAAGGGUUGAAGGGGAUGCAGAGUCCUGGGGUGCUUGCAAAGGGAAGAGUGCAGUUCUGGACUCCUCGGUGUCCUUACUUAAAACCAACCUGCACUCCAGAUCCCUCUCAAGUUCUCCCUCGGGAGUUUGUCACUUGCUCCCUAUAGAUUGGUAGCCAAAUGUCUUACCUUACUCAGAUUCUGAGAAGUCACUGGGCCAUGAUUUUAGGCCAGGGGAUGAGGUUACAAAAACAAUCCAAUAGGGAAAAACCUGCUUUUGAUUUCCUUUCGGGUAAAGUAAUUGAUAAAUAAAUAUGUGUGUGUAUGUGUGUUUGUGUGUGUGUGUGUGUGUGUGUGUGUGUGUGUGUACUGAAGUAUGUGAGUGUGUGAGUGAGUGUGUGUGCUGAUAUCAAUAUAUAUUUUAACUCCAGGGAGGAAUGUUCCAUUGAAUUUGAUUAGUCUGCUUUCUUCUAUAUGAUUGUACAAAAAAUGCCAGUGAAAAGAGGAUCAUUAGGGAAAAAUUUAUAGAAUUGAAUUGAAUACAUUUUGUCAGACAGGCCGUAUGGUAACCGUAGUCUUGAGUUCAAAGUAACCCCCAAGUCUCUGACUCCCCCCCACCACCCCAACCACACUCUUAUUUAUUUUAAACCUUCAACUUCCAUCUGAGUUUCAAUAUUAUGUAUUAGUUCCAAGGCAGAAGAGUGUUACGGGCUUGGCAACGGGGGUGAAGUGAUUUACACACUGUCCCGUAGCUGUGAAGUGUCAGAGGGCAGAUUUGAACCCACCUUCCAUCUCUAGGCCUGGUUUUCAAUUCACUGAGCUGUUUUGAGUCUAAAAUGAGAUCGUAUUUGUGCAGGGGUUAGAGCUAAGCUUGCCAUCUCAUGGGCUCUAUAGAAAAAGCUAGUCAUUAGGGUUCAGAAGACAUAGGAUCCUGGGCUGCUUAUAGAGGCUAGAGAGGUACAGGCCUCAUUGCUAGGCUUUCCAUUGCCUGGCAGAGACUACCUCAGUUGAUUGAGAAUGUAAGACUUGGCAUUUCUAGGGUUUCCUUUUGCCUUGUUGGCCAUGUCUAAGCUUGCAGGUUUCAAGGUGGUUGGUUUCUGCAGAAGCUCUGUGUUUCCAGAUGUUGUUCUCCUUUUGAAAUCGCUCUGCCCAGAAUUCUGUAGGUUCUCUGUUGUUUUCUUGUGUGGUUAGAGGUGAGGGAGUGAUCUGUGUAGUCUACGUGAAUUGAUGGAACCCCACGAGCGCAUGCAGUCUAGACUAGGUGUCUGGUGCCAAGGUGAAAGGCUUCUAGAGGAGGACAGGGUGUGUGGAGGAGGAAAAUGGCCGUGUGUGGGGAUAAGUAUACUCCUUCAGGCAAGUGGUCCUUCAGAAGUGGUCCCAGAAGGGGGGAUUGUACAAAAGGGAAGACUUCUGCCACCUGGGGUAGAAUUGUCAAGGGAUGGUGGCAGUAGAUUCAUUGAGACAGAAAGUGGCCUCAAUGCAUCGUGUCCAGACGUUCUGCCCUCCCCUUCCCGUAUCUUCCCACAGUUGGGGGCUGAAGUCAUCCAAACCAUCUUUUUCUUUGAGGUGCCAUGUUCUGCAUUCCCUGAAAGUACAAGGAAGGGUUUGGUUCACCCCAUGUGUGGCAACGAGUCUUGGGGCCUGUGGAGUGGAUACCUGCCCUCAGGGUGCUCCCCAAAUGAAUUCAAUUUGGGUGGAGGAAACCACACUUUAAACCUUCUGUGGAAAAAUAAGGAAUGAGACUAAUACUAGUAAUGAUAAUGAAACAAAAAACCUCCUUGUGGCCCUCAUUUGUCCCUAAAGAGACCAAUCUGGUUUUGGAGCAGGUCUGAGGGGAGAAGGAACCUCCUUCUUGUCUUCUGGAGCCAUCCCCUCGGUUGUGGUCCAAAGCAUGAGCCAUAGUCUCAGAGACUCACCUGAAACUUCCAGCCCAUCACUAAGGAACACUUAAAAUCUUUUCUCUGUUUCCAUCACUGUCUGUACGUAUCUGAUUCAAAUGGAACCCGAGAAAGGUAUGUGAGAUGAAGGCUAGAGGAAUAUGCUGGACUUUCUGGAAAUCUCUAUCUGGAAUCGUGCCUUGUCCUCCUACCUAAGAAUGGGCCUUCCUCAGGGAAACACCAUGGCAUCCUUGGCCCAAGAUGUUCUGCUUACCAAUGAGUGAGCCUUUCCAAGAAAUGAUCUCAUUUGAUGUCUUGAAGUGUGAAGGAGCUGAUUUUCUUUCUUUUUUACGCUCAGCCUUUUAACCCCCAACAGGAAGGGGCAUUUGUCUUUGACACUGAGACAAAGGUCAGUAGAAAGAGGACUUUAAUUUAGAAUAUUUUUCCACGGUUACCUGAUUCCUGAUCCCCCAGCCCUUUCCUUCCCAUUGCCAAAUCCGACAAGCAGUUCCACUGGGUUAUACGUGUGUCAUGGUUCAAAACCCAUUACCGAGUUUUUGAUCUCUGCAGUGGCGUGAUCCUUUAACAUCAAAACCCCAAUCCUAUCCCCAUCACAUUGCAUGCUCGAUCCCAUAUUUCUUCUAAUGCCUUUCUUUUUCCACAGUUCUUUCUCUACACGUGGACAGCACUCAUUCUCACAAGUUCCUCUGAAUUGUCCUCGGUCAUUGCAUCGCUGCUAAUAGAACAGUCUGUGACCAUCGAUUGUGCCGUAAUGCAUGCGUCUCUGUAUAUGAGGUUCUCCUGGUUCUGCUCCUUUCGCUGUGCAUCAGUUCCUGGAGGUCAUUGCAGUUCACGUGACAUUCCUCCAGUUCAAUAUUCCUUUCGGCACAAUAGUAGUCCAUCACCAUCAGAUGGCAGAAUUUGUUCAGGCAUUCCCCAGUCGCUGGACACCCCCUUAUUUUCCAAUUUCUUGUCACCACAACGAGUGAGGCUAUACAUAUUUUUGUACAUGUUGUUUUCCUUGAUAUCCCUUUGGAGUACCUACGCACCAGUGGUAUGGCUGGGUCAAAGGGCAGGGUGUUUUUUAAAGGCCCUUUGGGCAUGAUUCCAAAUUGCCCUGCAGAAUGGUUGGACCAAUUCACAACUGCAUCAGCGGUGUAUUAGUGUCCCAAUUUUGCCACACGCCCUGCAACAUUUAUCACAUUUUCUGCCCUGUUGGUCAAUCUGCUAGGUCUCAGAGUGGUUUUACUUUCCAUUCCUCCAAUCAGGAGGGAGUGAGAACACUGAGAAGGUGGGAUUUUGGGGGAAAGAGCUGAAACCAAAGGGAAGGCUGAUGUAAUGUUUGUUUCAGUAGAUUUUACCCAUCUUGACCUUUGAGAACCAUGACCUGAAGAUUUCUAUCAUCUCCAAGUUUCUGUAUUCCCCUCUAUAUUUUAAGGAAGCCUUGGUGAGGUAGAAUGGUCAGGCUUUCCCUUUUCCCCCCACUAGGCCUAGUGAAGGCAUCCUUCACUCUAACUACAUUUUUGAUGUCAUCAGAUUCCAUUACGUUCAAGCCCUUUUUCCCUUCUUCAGGAAAAUGUCAUCUAGGAAUAGAUUUUUCUGGGCAAAGCUGGGCUUAGUCAGGUCAUCUGCCCCGAGAGCCUUCCCUCCCCAGAACCUCUGCCAUACAUCCGCAUGCCCUCGGGAGUCCAUCUAAGCUGGGAGCAUGUGCUGUGCUGGACCUUCACCUCCCUGAUGGAGGCUAUGGUGUCUUCUCAGUCCUCCCUGUCCAGUCUGCCGCAAGUUGUGGACAUUGUCCUUGGGCUGCUGGUAAGUAGGCCCCUAGGAUUCUUGGUUUUUCUUGAUAUUUACCUAUAUAUAUAUAUGUGUGUGUGUGUAUAUGUAAAAUACAUAUGUCAGUCUAUAUACACACAUAUAUGUAUAUUUGUGGACAGACAGGCACAUACCUAUGUCUAUGAACUCCUGGGCUAUCCUCAGCUGAAGAGCACAGAUUUAAGCAUGCUCAGGAUCCUAUCCUUUAAUAUCUGAUCCUUGGGAUGGCCGUGGUGGGGGACACAGGUUUAUCCAGGACUCAAGCGUGGCUCAGGGCUGAGUAGGGACCUACUGGGGUGAGAAGAGAACGUGCCACCUCGAGUAAUUUCCAGGGUUGUCUUUUCUCCCAUCUUGCCGUGCUAUGCCAAGUCUAGACCCCUCCAUUUCCAGGGUGCAUUAGGGAGUGGCCCUUCAGCAUUGCUGCGUUUCUGAUUCCUUUGUGCCUUUCAAUUGAUUCUGUCCCCAUCCUGGGGUGGGUGGCUUGUGAUUUCCCUGGUUUGGGAGGAGGCUGCCCUUCACCAUCCAUGAGAGGGUUGCAGAGUAGAUAGUUGGUGUGGCUUCGCUGUCAGAACCGGCUAUAUAGAUUCUGCUCAGAAAGGGGUCCCCCAAGAUUCUCUGCUGAGCAGGGGGUUCUCCAGGAUUCUGAAGGGGGAGGGUGCCAUCUUGGUUUCUACUGGUCAACCUGAAGGUUCCAGAAUAGCACAGAGAGGUUGGUAUGGCAACUGGUUGACCAAGCAGACUGCUGGGAACCACACUGGAGGCCUCUUGUAGAAUCAGACUGCAGAUGACCUGAAAGCCUUUAGGCAUUAUUCCUGAAUCAGAAACCUAUAGGCAGGCCAUCCUCUGCAUUGGAAAAUAACCCUUCAGGAUAGAGCAGAAGGAGAAAGACCCUUGUCCCAAUCAGCCUUGGAGCAGCUCAGCAAAAGAAGGUAGCAUUUCAUCUAGGACAGUGAUGGAGAGCCUCCCUUAGUCCUCACUCUAAAAUGCAAAAGCUAUCAGGAAGGGUUGAAGGGGAUGCAGAGUCCUGGGGUGCUUGCAAAGGGAAGAGUGCAGUUCUGGACUCCUCGGUGUCCUUACUUAAAACCAACCUGCACUCCAGAUCCCUCUCAAGUUCUCCCUCGGGAGUUUGUCACUUGCUCCCUAUAGAUUGGUAGUCAAAUGUCUUACCUUACUCAGAUUCUGAGAAGUCACUGGGCCAUGAUUUUAGGCCAGGGGAUGAGGUUACAAAAACAAUCCAAUAGGGAAAAACCUGCUUUUGAUUUCCUUUCGGGUAAAGUAAUUGAUAAAUAAAUAUGUGUGUGUAUGUGUGUUUGUGUGUGUGUGUGUGUGUGUGUGUGUGUGUGUGUGUGUGUGUACUGAAGUAUGUGAGUGUGUGAGUGAGUGUGUGUGCUGAUAUCAAUAUAUAUUUUAACUCCAGGGAGGAAUGUUCCAUUGAAUUUGAUUAGUCUGCUUUCUUCUAUAUGAUUGUACAAAAAAUGCCAGUGAAAAGAGGAUCAUUAGGGAAAAAUUUAUAGAAUUGAAUUGAAUACAUUUUGUCAGACAGGCCGUAUGGUAACCGUAGUCUUGAGUUCAAAGUAACCCCCAAGUCUCUGACUCCCCCCCACCACCCCAACCACACUCUUAUUUAUUUUAAACCUUCAACUUCCAUCUGAGUUUCAAUAUUAUGUAUUAGUUCCAAGGCAGAAGAGUGUUACGGGCUUGGCAACGGGGGUGAAGUGAUUUACACACUGUCCCGUAGCUGUGAAGUGUCAGAGGGCAGAUUUGAACCCACCUUCCAUCUCUAGGCCUGGUUUUCAAUUCACUGAGCUGUUUUGAGUCUAAAAUGAGAUCGUAUUUGUGCAGGGGUUAGAGCUAAGCUUGCCAUCUCAUGGGCUCUAUAGAAAAAGCUAGUCAUUAGGGUUCAGAAGACAUAGGAUCCUGGGCUGCUUAUAGAGGCUAGAGAGGUACAGGCCUCAUUGCUAGGCUUUCCAUUGCCUGGCAGAGACUACCUCAGUUGAUUGAGAAUGUAAGACUUGGCAUUUCUAGGGUUUCCUUUUGCCUUGUUGGCCAUGUCUAAGCUUGCAGGUUUCAAGGUGGUUGGUUUCUGCAGAAGCUCUGUGUUUCCAGAUGUUGUUCUCCUUUUGAAAUCGCUCUGCCCAGAAUUCUGUAGGUUCUCUGUUGUUUUCUUGUGUGGUUAGAGGUGAGGGAGUGAUCUGUGUAGUCUACGUGAAUUGAUGGAACCCCACGAGCGCAUGCAGUCUAGACUAGGUGUCUGGUGCCAAGGUGAAAGGCUUCUAGAGGAGGACAGGGUGUGUGGAGGAGGAAAAUGGCCGUGUGUGGGGAUAAGUAUACUCCUUCAGGCAAGUGGUCCUUCAGAAGUGGUCCCAGAAGGGGGGAUUGUACAAAAGGGAAGACUUCUGCCACCUGGGGUAGAAUUGUCAAGGGAUGGUGGCAGUAGAUUCAUUGAGACAGAAAGUGGCCUCAAUGCAUCUUGUCCAGACGUUCUGCCCUCCCCUUCCCGUAUCUUCCCACAGUUGGGGGCUGAAGUCAUCCAAACCAUCUUUUUCUUUGAGGUGCCAUGUUCUGCAUUCCCUGAAAGUACAAGGAAGGGUUUGGUUCACCCCAUGUGUGGCAACGAGUCUUGGGGCCUGUGGAGUGGAUACCUGCCCUCAGGGUGCUCCCCAAAUGAAUUCAAUUUGGGUGGAGGAAACCACACUUUAAACCUUCUGUGGAAAAAUAAGGAAUGAGACUAAUACUAGUAAUGAUAAUGAAACAAAAAACCUCCUUGUGGCCCUCAUUUGUCCCUAAAGAGACCAAUCUGGUUUUGGAGCAGGUCUGAGGGGAGAAGGAACCUCCUUCUUGUCUUCUGGAGCCAUCCCCUCGGUUGUGGUCCAAAGCAUGAGCCAUAGUCUCAGAGACUCACCUGAAACUUCCAGCCCAUCACUAAGGAACACUUAAAAUCUUUUCUCUGUUUCCAUCACUGUCUGUACGUAUCUGAUUCAAAUGGAACCCGAGAAAGGUAUGUGAGAUGAAGGCUAGAGGAAUAUGCUGGACUUUCUGGAAAUCUCUAUCUGCAAUCGUGCCUUGUCCUCCUACCUAAGAAUGGGCCUUCCUCAGGGAAACACCAUGGCAUCCUUGGCCCAAGAUGUUCUGCUUACCAAUGAGUGAGCCUUUCCAAGAAAUGAUCUCAUUUGAUGUCUUGAAGUGUGAAGGAGCUGAUUUUCUUUCUUUUUUACGCUCAGCCUUUUAACCCCCAACAGGAAGGGGCAUUUGUCUUUGACACUGAGACAAAGGUCAGUAGAAAGAGGACUUUAAUUUAGAAUAUUUUUCCACGGUUACCUGAUUCCUGAUCCCCCAGCCCUUUCCUUCCCAUUGCCAAAUCCGACAAGCAGUUCCACUGGGUUAUACGUGUGUCAUGGUUCAAAACCUAUUACCGAGUUUUUGAUCUCUGCAGUGGCGUGAUCCUUUAACAUCAAAACCCCAAUCCUAUCCCCAUCACAUUGCAUGCUCGAUCCCAUAUUUCUUCUAAUGCCUUUCUUUUUCCACAGUUCUUUCUCUACACGUGGACAGCACUCAUUCUCACAAGUUCCUCUGAAUUGUCCUCGGUCAUUGCAUCGCUGCUAAUAGAACAGUCUGUGACCAUCGAUUGUGCCGUAAUGCAUGCGUCUCUGUAUAUGAGGUUCUCCUGGUUCUGCUCCUUUCGCUGUGCAUCAGUUCCUGGAGGUCAUUGCAGUUCACGUGACAUUCCUCCAGUUCAAUAUUCCUUUCGGCACAAUAGUAGUCCAUCACCAUCAGAUGGCAGAAUUUGUUCAGGCAUUCCCCAGUCGCUGGACACCCCCUUAUUUUCCAAUUUCUUGUCACCACAACGAGUGAGGCUAUACAUAUUUUUGUACAUGUUGUUUUCCUUGAUAUCCCUUUGGAGUACCUACGCACCAGUGGUAUGGCUGGGUCAAAGGGCAGGGUGUCUUUUAAAGGCCCUUUGGGCAUGAUUCCAAAUUGCCCUGCAGAAUGGUUGGACCAAUUCACAACUGCAUCAGCGGUGUAUUAGUGUCCCAAUUUUGCCACACGCCCUGCAACAUUUAUCACAUUUUCUGCCCUGUUGGUCAAUCUGCUAGGUCUCAGAGUGGUUUUACUUUCCAUUCCUCCAAUCAGGAGGGAGUGAGAACACUGAGAAGGUGGGAUUUUGGGGGAAAGAGCUGAAACCAAAGGGAAGGCUGAUGUAAUGUUUGUUUCAGUAGAUUUUACCCAUCUUGACCUUUGAGAACCAUGACCUGAAGAUUUCUAUCAUCUCCAAGUUUCUGUAUUCCCCUCUAUAUUUUAAGGAAGCCUUGGUGAGGUAGAAUGGUCAGGCUUUCCCUUUUCCCCCCACUAGGCCUAGUGAAGGCAUCCUUCACUCUAACUACAUUUUUGAUGUCAUCAGAUUCCAUUACGUUCAAGCCCUUUUUCCCUUCUUCAGGAAAAUGUCAUCUAGGAAUAGAUUUUUCUGGGCAAAGCUGGGCUUAGUCAGGUCAUCUGCCCCGAGAGCCUUCCCUCCCCAGAACCUCUGCCAUACAUCCGCAUGCCCUCGGGAGUCCAUCUAAGCUGGGAGCAUGUGCUGUGCUGCACCUUCACCUCCCUGAUGGAGGCUAUGGUGUCUUCUCAGUCCUCCCUGUCCAGUCUGCCGCAAGUUGUGGACAUUGUCCUUGGGCUGCUGGUAAGUAGGCCCCUAGGAUUCUUGGUUUUUCUUGAUAUUUACCUAUAUAUAUAUAUGUGUGUGUGUGUGUAUGUAAAAUACAUAUGUCAGUCUAUAUACACACAUAUAUGUAUAUUUGUGGACAGACAGGCACAUACCUAUGUCUAUGAACUCCUGGGCUAUCCUCAGCUGAAGAGCACAGAUUUAAGCAUGCUCAGGAUCCUAUCCUUUAAUAUCUGAUCCUUGGGAUGGCCGUGGUGGGGGACACAGGUUUAUCCAGGACUCAAGCGUGGCUCAGGGCUGAGUAGGGACCUACUGGGGUGAGAAGAGAACGUGCCACCUCGAGUAAUUUCCAGGGUUGUCUUUUCUCCCAUCUUGCCGUGCUAUGCCAAGUCUAGACCCCUCCAUUUCCAGGGUGCAUUAGGGGGUGGCCCUUCAGCAUUGCUGCGUUUCUGAUUCCUUUGUGCCUUUCAAUUGAUUCUGUCCCCAUCCUGGGGUGGGUGGCUUGUGAUUUCCCUGGUUUGGGAGGAGGCUGCCCUUCACCAUCCAUGAGAGGGUUGCAGAGUAGAUAGUUGGUGUGGCUUCGCUGUCAGAACCGGCUAUAUAGAUUCUGCUCAGAAAGGGGUCCCCCAAGAUUCUCUGCUGAGCAGGGGGUUCUCCAGGAUUCUGAAGGGGGAGGGUGCCAUCUUGGUUUCUACUGGUCAACCUGAAGGUUCCAGAAUAGCACAGAGAGGUUGGUAUGGCAACUGGUUGACCAAGCAGACUGCUGGGAACCACACUGGAGGCCUCUUGUAGAAUCAGACUGCAGAUGACCUGAAAGCCUUUAGGCAUUAUUCCUGAAUCAGAAACCUAUAGGCAGGCCAUCCUCUGCAUUGGAAAAUAACCCUUCAGGAUAGAGCAGAAGGAGAAAGACCCUCCCCAAUCAGCCUCGGAGCAGCUCAGCAGAAGAAGAGUCAUCAAAGUCCAGUGGCAAGACAAAAAUCAAGACAACUGGUGAUGACUUGGGGUGCAGUGGAUGGCGUUGGUUUCUUCAAUAUAUAACCAAGUUCUAGGCUCUCAUUGUACUCUACCAAAGGUAGCUGCUGAAGACCAUACUUCUGAUGUUUCCCUACAGCUUGUCCUCCACAGUCAUACGGACUUUCAGGACAUAAAAUCCAUCAUCUCCUAUGUAGAAGGAAUGUUGGAAUCAGUCAAGUACACAUACUCUUCAUCACCUUGGGACCUGGACUGUCAUAUCCUUCAAUACAUCCCAUUUGGAUAGGCUCAAACUCUACUCUGCUGAAGAUUCAGUGCUUCUAGCUCACUGAAACCAGGUUGUUGAUGGGAUAUCAAGACUUACCACUGAUCUGGGAGGAAUGUCAGCAGUCAUUUUGUGGCACCCUUCUCUAUCAUCUGGGGAGCUUCCCAACAAGGCUACAACUUCUACUAUACCCUCUUGGCACAGGGGAAGGAGAAGCAAGUCAAACCACCUUGAUCACACUCUCCCCUUGAAUCCUGAUGGAGACAGCCCAGGACCCUGAACCCAAGCGCCUUGGGAAUAGCAGUACCCCCCAAUCUAUCAGAUCUGCUUCUAGCCUAGCCCCCACAACCAUCAUUGAGGGGAGAAAUCAUGGUGGAGAAAGAGCCCACCUACUUCAUCAAUACCAACAACUGCUGACCAACUCACACCAACAUACAGAUAAGUACAGGAGCCCUAGGAGUGGCAGUAUCACCAGUAAUGCAUCCAGCCCUUACAGUGAUUCCAGUUAAAGCAGCAUGUGCUGAGCAAGUCCAACCACCACCAUCUUCCCGCAGACACUAAUGGAGAAAGCCCAGGACUCUUACCCCAAGAGUCUUGGGAAGAGUUAUGCUUCCUGUGUGGUACCCCCAGCCAUCAUCUUGGGAAGGAACCCCUGCGGAGAUGCAGCCUGGCUCCUGCAGGGCCUACAGCCUCAACAAAGUAAUUUCUUGCCCCUAAAAUCUUUGUCGCUGUCCAAAGUGUCAACUGUCCAAAUGGAUGUUAUUUUAUCACUAGACAUGACAUUCAAGUAGAGGCAUUAGCAUCUGCUUUACUGCUGCAGGCCCUAAGGACUAUGGGAUCUUUCCAAAGAUGUUGUCUCCCCCAUUAGAAGGUGAGCUGCUUGAGAGCAGUGACUGGCUCACUUUUCUAUUCUUAUCACCAGUGCUUCUGAGCAAAUGUUCUUGAAAUAGAUGAUUUCUGUGGGAGGUGCUACAUAGAAAGGAAAAAGAAAGGAAAUUCUAUCACAUAACUUAUGUAAGUGGAAUUUACAGGAAGAUAGAGCAUGGCUGGUCAGAUCACAAAAUGGUCACAAGGAUCCAGAAUAUGCCUACCUUAGCCAUCACAAUCAGGACCUAAAGGUUUUGGAAUAGAGACAGACAGAUUAGGGUAAAUGGGGCUACCCUUAUGAAGAGUACUUCUACAGUGAUGAUUUUCAUUUCAGUCAGCUUGGCCUUAGCAUACUCUCAUUCACCUCAGCAUCACUGAUAUCUCUCCUUUCUCAGGACAGGUACCAUCCUGAGAACAAUUGUGAAAGAACAGAGGGUUACCUUACAGUGGGAAGCAAAUUGGAGAAAAAGACAAAAAUCCCAGUCAGGUUUCUUUAAAAGUUACUCAGGAGACCUGCAGGAGUGAACAAAACCAGAACAGUGCCCAACAGAAGGCUCCCCUGAGUGGUAAAGUUAGUAAAUUACAAAGCCAAAUCCUACAGAAAGUGGAGUUUGAGGAGAGGGAUAGCUGUCUGACCCAAGCACAAAGUUUCAAUCAAGAAAUUGGGACUGGAGAUAUAAGCAAGAGAAAUCACCAUAGAAAUGAAGAAUUACUUUGAACUGAGUAUCCCAAGAAGUAACCACAGAAUAAGAAAGUAGCACUACAACAAAUAGAGUCUUAGAGACCUUAUCUACAGUAAUGACAAGAAUAUCUGGAAAAAGUGAAACAUGAGAUACAAAAUAUAAUGUUAAAGGAAAUAACAGUUAUAAAAGGACCAUGGGGGAGGGGGAAAAAUGGAAAAACUUAUUUAAUCAUCUUACUUAAGAAACUAAUUUUCUCAAAUUAAAAAUGGGUAAAUGGAAAGCACCAACUCCAUGAGACAACAAAGAAUAUCAAAAAAUAUGUUUUUAAAACCCUGAAGACAUAAGGUAUACAUUGGCCAAAAAAACCAUUAGAAAAUAAGUCAGAGAUUAAGCCAUCUGACCACCUGACCGUAGUGACUAUAAUGGAGAGGAAAGAAAGGGGUAACUUAGUAUAUCGCAUAUUAAUAUACAGUUACAUCAGCCUCAUUUCUUUCUGGCCUGGAGGAAGGAACAUUCAACACAUUCACAUCAUCACAAAGACACAACAAGACCAUCCUAUAGAAAAAAAAUUAAACUUAAGAAGGAAACAAAUAGGAAGAGGGGAACUUGAAGGAAAGAUUAAAAGGAAAGAAAGAGUAAAAAUCUAGGAUCAAGGGCAGGAUAAGAGAAGAGAAACAAAUGAAUAUGUCAAUUAGAAGUUACAUGUUAGUCAAAUGAUUCUCGAAACAGAUUUUUCUUUGUAAGGAGGGUUGUGAUGAAAGAAGAAAGUACAAGAGAACAAGAUGCAGGGAAAUAUAUACUUAACAAAUGGAAGCAUGAAUGUGAAUGGUAUGAAUUUACACACAAAACAGAAGAAGAAAUCAGAACAAGUUAAAAAACAAAAUCCAACUUUUUUAAAACAGGAAACCCACUUGAAACACUUGAAGACUGAUACAGUUUAAACAAGGAACAAAAAAUGUGCUCCAGUUAAGUUAGGUGGUAUAGUGGACUUAGAGUUAAGACCUAAGGUCAAAUCCUGUUUCAGCCACUUAGGCUAUGGAACCCUGGGUAAGUUACUUAACAUUUCUCAGCCUCAGUUUCUUCAUCUGUAAAAUUUUAUGAAUUAGGAAUAGAAAGGAGUUUAUAUACUUGUCUGCUGACAGAUGGCACCUAUACAGAAAUUAAUUAAAUAUGAGGGAUAAAGAUCUGAAUAAAAAUAUAGAAAAGCAGAAAUACUCAACAUAUCAUUUACUGAUCACUAUGCAAUUAAAAUUGUAUCCAAUAAAGGGAAAAUGAGGGAAAAACUAAAAAUAAUUUGAAACUAAAUUCUGAAAAACUUUAAACUCUGAAGAGUUUAAAAAUCAAUUAUAGAAAAAUAGAAAUUCAUCAAAGAAAAUUAUAAUAGUAAGACAGUACAAUAACUCAACCAGGGUGGCACAACUCAUAAGUGGCUGAGGCAGAAUUUGAACUUGGGUCUUCUUAAUUCUAAGUCCACUACACCAAUAUCCCCAGUGAAUGCUGAUAUAAAUAUUUUAAAUAAAUAGACUACAAUGACAUAUUAGAAAAUCAUAAACUAUGAGCAGGAUGGAGUUAUACCAGAAAUAGAGGGUUGGCUGAACCUAAGGAAAACUAUAAAUGUAAAAAAAAUCAUAUUAAUAACAUAAAUAACAAAACAUUUAUAGCAAUAGAUCCUAAAAGCUUUUGACUGAAUCCAGUGCCAGUUUCUGGUUUUAAAAAAAACUACUCUGGAAAGGAUACAAAUAAACGGACCUUUCUCAAUAUAAUAAAUAGUAUAUAUCUAAAAACCAAGAACAAAAGUACAUGUAGAGAAAAAAAGCUAGAGAGGCCUUUUAAAUAAGACCAAGGAUAAAGAAAGCAUGUUCAUUCUCACUACUACUAUUUAAGUUAAUCCUAGAAAUGCUAGCUAUAGCAAUAAGACAAGAUAUCAAAAUCAAAGAAUUAAACACAAAGGAUAAAUAAAAUUAGCAACUUUUACAGAUGAUUUGAUGACUUUGGUCAACAAAUAAACUGUUAAUAGUAAUAACCUUAAACAGCAGAUAAAUUCAGCUAACUUAAAUAUAUAUAAAUCAUCUGAAUUCUUGGCAUAAUACCAACAAAAGCCAGCAGAAAAGUUUAGAAAGAGAAAUUCCAUUAAAAAAUGACAGAAAAUAUAAAAUAGUUGGGUAUAUAUCUACCAAGAUGUACUCAGCAACAAUCUGAAUCCAAAGAUAAAACAUUUUGCAGAAAUAAAGAGAAACUUAAAUAAGUGGAGCAAUAUUGUUUGUGGGUAGGUCGAGUUAAUGUAAUAAAAAUGACAAUACUAUGUAAAUUCAUUUACUUACUCAGUGUCACAUUAAGGAAACUACCAAAAGGAAUAUUUUAUAGAACCAGAAAACAAAAAGCAGAGAAUUUUAAAACUAAUAAUGAGCCCCCCAAAAAUGAGAAGGAAGGGCAUCUAUCAGUACCAGAUCCCCAAAUGCACUACAAAGCAAUUAUCACGAAACUAUUUUAGUACUGGUUAAAAAUGGAUCGACCAAUAAGCAUUUAUUAAGCACCUAUGAUGUGUCAGAUGCCAUAUUAAGCACUGAGGAUAGAAAAAGUAAAGAGGUAAAAGUUAAUUCCUAUUCUCAAACAGUUUAUAAUCUCAUGCAACAUACAAGGUAUGCAAUUUUGAGAGGUAGGAGAACAUAGUGAUACAGAAUUCAGUGAAUCAUAAGACACUAGUUACUAGGGCAAGGAUUUGUUACUUGACAAGAAACUUCUAGAAAAACUGGCAAGUAGUUUUACAUUAAUUGAGUUGACACUAACAUAUGACAGCAGUUACCAAGAUAAAUUUGAAAUGUAUACCUGAUUCAGACAUGAAAUAUGACAUCAUGAGCAAAUUAGGGGAAAUGAACAAAUUAGGAGAAAUUAUACAAAAAGUAACUGAGCAAAGUUUUUGUGGCAUGAUUCUUUGAUAAAGGUUUUAUAUGCAAGAUAUGUAAGGAAAGGAUUCUCUUGAUAAAUAGUCAAAGGCAGGUUUCAAAGGAAGAAAUCUGAGCUAUCCAAGCUACAUGAAAAAAGUGUCCAAUAUCACUAAUAAUUACAGAAAGGCAAACUAAAGCAACUCUGUUGUUCCAACUUAUAUUCAUAUUAUUGACAAAUUUACAGAAGAAGAAAAUAACAUGUUGGAACGACUACAAGAGAAUGGGCACAUUUUUCUACUCUUGGUGAAGCUGUCAAUUGGUCCAACCCAGAAACUUAUUUAUAAGACAGUUUCAGAGGAUAAUGGACGAUCUCUCUAUAAAAUGAUAUGGAAAGAAAUGAUCAAAACUAGAACAGUUUUUACAAUGACAACAAAAUUAUAGGGGAAAAGAAUUUUAAAAUACGUUAGAGUUCUGAUUAAUUUGAUUAGAAACUAUGAAUCCAAAGGAAUAAAAAUGAAUCAUACUACUUACCUCUUUCUAGAUAGAUGACUGACUUGAAAUGCAGUCAUAUCUUUUUGGACAUGGCCAAUGUAGUCAUUUAUUUUGCUGAACUAUGGAUGUGUCUUAUAAGGCUAUUAUAUUUUGUGCUUUUUUGUAAUUAUUGUAUUGGGGAAAGGCAAAGAGAAAAAGAAAUAAUAAAUGUUUAUAUAAAUAAUUAUUUAAAAACAAAGGGAUAAUCGUAUGAAUGAUCACACUAAAAAUAAACCUACCAAGCAUAAGCUUCAUGAAAUCCUAUUUUAAUGUCAUUUGAACUUAAAGUAAAUGCAAGCAUCAUAUGCAAUGGCAAUAUACUAGAAAUUUUCCCAGUAAAUAUACUGAAAACACAAGGUUGCCAACUUUUCCCACUGUUAUUGACUAUAUUUCUAAAAGUGCUAGCAAUAGCACUAAGAGAAGAGAAAGAAAUUAAAGGUUUAAGGCUAGACAGAGAGGAGGCAAAACUAUCUCUAUCCCUGGUAACAAAAUGGUUUACUUAGAAACUUCUGGUUCAUCAACAAUGAAACUAAUUGAGACAGUAGCUAUAACUAAAACACAAAAUAUAAAAAUAUCCACAUGAUAACUGAAUUCAAAAGGCAAUAUCAGAAAGGGAAAUCCAAAUAGAAGUACAAAAUAUGUAAAAUAUUUAGGAGUUGGUUUUCCAAAGAAUACUGAAUGCUUACAGAGGUUAAAUUAUAAGAUCCUUCUUUAAGGUAGGAAAGAUGGGAAAAUGGCAUUUCCAGGCCUGAGACUAUAUAUAACAGCAGUCAUCAAAACCACUUGUUUAAGAAAUGGAAAAAGGUAUUCAAUGUUUCAGAUCAGAAAAGGGAGAAUUAUGAAUUAUAAAUAAAAUGGAACUUAGUAACAAUGUUUGAUGAACCCCAAACUUAGGUAAUUUAUAUUUAUAAUUAUAGUCAUUUGUAUUUGUAUUACUUAGGUAAUAACUCCAUAAUCGAUCAAAAUUGUUCCAAAAAUGGAAUUCUUUCUGGCAAAAAUUAUGUUUAAACCAACAGUUUAUACCACAUUCUGCCAUAAAUUCAGAGAUAAUACCCAUGGUAUAACUGAAUGUUAUACCAAAAAAAACCCAGAAGAUAAGUAGAUCAUAUGGGAAGGAGGUGCAUUCUUAACCAGACAAAUAAUAUGGGCAAUUACAAAAGACUAAAUAGGUAAUGUGAUUACAUGAAAUUGAAAAACUCUUGAAGAAGCAAAUCAGUGCAUCUAGGAUAAGAAGUGAAUCAGAUAGCUAGGUGGGAAACCUUGGUAUCAAAUUUCUUGCAUAAGGAUUUAGUAACCAAAAUAUACAAACAACUAAGUAGCAGCUAGACAGUACAGUGGAUAGAGUGCUGCACCUGGAAUCAGGAAGUCUUGAGUUCAAAUUUUGCCUCAGGCAUUUACUAGCUAUAGAACCCUAGGUAAGUCACUCUAUCUACUUCAAUUUUCUUAUCUGUACAUGUGAAAAAUGAAGACAAUAUUAUCACAUAGGUUCCAGCAGUGUUGAGGAAUCAAAGAAAAAUAUUUGUAAGAUCCUUCGCAAUUUUUAAGUACUACACCAAUAUUUGCUAUUAUUAUAUUACAACAUUAAUAUAUAAGACAAAGUCAUUCCCCAACAGAUAUGUGGUCAAAAGACAUGAAUAAGCAUUAGCAACUUUUAACAAUCACAUUAAAGAAUGUUCCAAAUUUCUAAUAGUAAAAUGAAUGCAAAUCAAAGCAACUUUUGGCUUUAUCUCACAAUUAAUAAAUUCACAAAUAUGAAAAAAGAUGGGAAUAGUCAAUGAUGGAAGGGCUAUGGAAAGGCAAACACACCUAUGCGUUGUUGAUAGAACUCUGAAUUAGUACAAUAAUUUAGGAAAGUAAUUUGGAAUUAUAGAAAUCAUGCACCUAUAGUAUUCAUAUCCUUUUUCCUAGAAAUUUCACUAUUAGGCAUGUACCCAACAGAGAUCAUUGACAAAAAGAAAGACUAUGUAUACAAAAAAUAUAGCACUACUUUUUGUGGUCACAAAGAACCAGAAAGAAGGUAGAAUAGAAUAGCUAAAGAAAUUGUGGAACAUGAAUUUAAUGAAAUAUUAGUCAGGCCUAAUAAAUAUUACAGAAAAAAUGGAAGGUUUUAUAUGAACUGAGGCAAAAGAAAGUAAUCAGAGCACAAAAAAAUGCCUCAUAUAAUGACCAGAACAAUAUAAAUGGAAAGAGCAAUCACAAAACAACAAAAAUGAAUUUUGAAAAUUUACAAAGAAAAAAAUGUUGGCCCCAAAAAAGAGAUAUGAGAAAAUGCCUUUUCACAACUCCUUUGCAGAGCUGAGGGUAAGGGAGGAGGAAGAGGUGUAUAUAAAAUAUUGAAUGUAAUGUCAGAUUUAAGUAUUGAUCAAUUUUACUGAACUUUUAAAAACUGUCUUUUUUCAUACAUCAAAAAAUGUCACAAGAUUUGGGCCUCUGAGAAAGAGGAACAGUAGAAAAGAAAUCAAAGUGAUAUUAAAAACAAAAGAUAUCAAUUAAAAAUGUUCCAAUUUUCAAAAGGAAUUUCUUUUAACCCCAUCUGAGGUGCAAAUCCCACAAACAGUAAGGAAAAUAGUAUCAAACUAUGAAACUUGACAUUUCUACAUUAAAUCCAAGUUAAUUUUGUGAUGACAAGGUUUAAUGAGAACAUUUAUCUAAAACAAAAUUCCUUUUUGAAUAAGAAUGCUACAUAGUUGACAUUUCCUUAUCCAAAACUUUGCAAAUCAUUAUUGUUUACACUACUACGUACAUGGGUUUAGGACUGUAUUUAUGUCAUAAGAGAGCAUGCCUAAAUUUUAAUCAAACUAUUUUAAAUUUGGACCAAAAGUAUAUACGUUACCAUCAUAAAGUUAUCUGUAGCUUUGUCAUUACGCUUCAACAGAUACCCUGUGUGGUCAAUCUAUUUUAAUGAAUGUAUACGAAAUUUCAUUACAAAUCAGGACAUGAUGGUGGGAAAAUUUCAUUUUUGAUAAAUAUGAACAAUGACAGAGGGCAGCUGGGUGACUCAGUGGAUUGAGUGUCAGGCCCAGAGAUGGGAGGUCCUGGGUUCAAAUCUGAACUCAGACACUUCCCAGCUGUGUGACCCUGGGCAAGUCACUUACCCCCAUUGCCUAGCCCUUACUGCUUUUCUGCCUUAGAAACAAUACUGAGCAUUGAUUCUAAGACAGAAAGUAGGGGGUUUUUUAAAUUAAAAAAAAAACAAUGACAGACUCUCAAAAAAGCAAAGAUAGAAAAAUACCACAAAACGAAAUCAAACAAUACAUUUUUGGGGGGAAAUUAUUGUUUUAACUAUUUUAAAACACUUUCCCCCUCCACAAGCCAAAGUAAUUGACUCUAAAGAUUGAACAAGGAAAAAUAAUAGAAGAAUCAUAGGUUUUCCAGUAAAACAAUGAAAUUCAAGCUCUAAGUACCCUACUUCAAAAAUAAUCUAAGAAAAUUGAUAAGAAAUUUUGGAAACAAGCGGCAAGUAAAGACCAUAGCCUGACUCCAAGGAAAUCGAGAGUGGGGCCUAUGUAAUCAACUAAUCAAAUGGUAGCAAUACGGGUUCUAUCAGGCUCUCUUAUUCUAGUACAUCCUGGCCCCAUCUAACAAUACUCCCCCAUUCUUCAGCUUCGCCAGCUCCUAACUUCACUGCUCCUAAGUCCAGUGCAACCACAGCAGCAUCUAUUUAGGUAUCAUUGAGAAAAUUAGCCACCUCCUCCAGAAUAACUAGCACCCAUCCCCAGAUUACCUCAUCCAUCCAUGGAGCAGAGGCUUCUCAGAGCAUGGACAAUGGCCAUGGAGCCACAGGCCGCCUUCCCCCAACCUCCUUCAGCACAAAAUGACAUGACAUGGAUAGGUUGUGAACCAUACUGAGUGUCUCAUUACAUUAUCCCUGGCCCUACCCCAAACCCAUCCUCUUUCCAAAUUUCUUUAUUAUUGUCAAGGAUUUCAUCAUCAUUCUUCCUGUCAUCUGAGUUUACGACCUUGGUAUUAUCCCUGACUUCCCAUUCUCCUUCACUUUGAAUAUCUUCUCUGUUGCCAAACCUUGUCAUCUCUGUACCCAUAGUAUUUCUCACAUCUUUUCCCUUUGCUUUCCAGACAACUGACAAAGUGAUUUUCCUAAAAUAUGCGUCUCUGUCACAUCCAUUCUCAAAAAACUCCAGUGCCUCCCUACUGACAAUAGGAGCAAGUAUUUUUAUUUAAUCAUCUAAUCCUUCAUUGAUUUGUAUAUUUUGUGUGUUUUCAAAUGCAUGGAAUUAAUAAUAUUGUAGUAUAAGUGAUAAUAAUAGCUAGGAUUUGUAUAGCACAUAAAAGCACCAAGACACUUUAGAAAUAUUAGUUCCUUUUAUUCUCAUAAAAGCCCUAGGAAGUAGGUGCUAUCACUAUCCUAGGAAGUAGGUGCUAUCACUAUCCCCAUUUUACAGAUGAGAGGCUGAGAGGUAACCUGAUUUGCUGAGGGUCACAAAGCUAGUAAAAUGUAUGAAGGUGAAUUUAAACCUGGGUCUUCCUGACUCCCGGUACAGAGAUCUUUUCAUUAAGCCAUAUGAGCUGCCCCUGUACUAAUAGCUAACAUUUCUUUAGAGCUUUGAGGUAUAUGAAGUGCUUUAGAAUUAUUCUCAUUUUGUGUAAAUAUAUACUUAAAAUUCUAAGUAAAUUUUAUUCAGGUAAAUACUUAUACACUUUAUUGGAGUUACAUGCUAAAAUAUUUUACUAAAACAAAUCACUGACCUAAGUUACUGAUAUGCCUCCAUCCUGGCCUUAUUACUCUCAGGGUUACUUCUUUCUUCUGAUCAAGCCAAGUAAAUUAAAGACUAAGGUGAUGCCAUAUUGGAUCUCACUGGUGGGCAGCUCAGGAAACAAAUAGCUCAAAAGCAUCUUCUGAGCAGGCUUGGGCUAAACUAAACUGGAUCACACCAACAACACCAGAGGUAUACCUUUUAGCCAAGAAGAUUCCAGGGCUGCCUUUCCCCACAAAGUAGACUUGGUGACAAUGAUGACUGACCUAACUACUUAAGUGGGUUGUGGGGGGAGGAACAACUCAGAGGGUUUAAAAAAAUCAAUUGAGAUUCAGAUUUUUGAUGUUCAAAAAAUAGCAACAUUAUUGAAAAAUUUCACUGUUUCAAAUGGCCUAUUGAUUUCCCUCUGAAGAGAACUUUGAUGCAGGAAUCAGUCCUGCGGUAAAAAGCUUUUUAUUAGAAUUCCUUGAUGGCAACUAAGUUAAGAGAUAAGUGCUUAGAAUGAUGGAGGAUAGGAAGAGACUGAUUGCAGAAGCCAAUUUUGUCUAUUGGUCUAAAGUGAUGAGUAGGAUAUGAACUUCAAGAGCCCAGUGAUUUGACUGAUUAUUCCUGGGGGUAGGUGGUGAUUGGAUCCUAGAAGCAAAUUAAGAGUCAGAAAGUUUAGAUUAUAUAAAGAAACUCCCCAUAGCCAAUCUGUUGCCAAGUUUUAUCAAUGCUGUUAUUCUUUAGUUGUUUCAGUCCUGACUCUUUGGGGCCACAUUGGGGGGUUUCUUGGCAAAGAUCUUGGAAUGGUUUGCCAUUUCUUUCUCCAGCUCAUUUGACAGAUGAGGAAACUGAGGCAAACAGGGUGAAGUGACUUCCCUAGGAUCAGACACAUAGCUAGUAUCUGAGACCAUAUAUGAACAAAGAUCAGUCUUCCUGACUCCAGGCACAAUGCUCUAUCUACUGCACCAUCUAGCUACCCCUUAUUAUAACAUCUUAUCUUAUCUCUUGAAUCCAUCACCUUCUCUCUCUUCACACCACCAUCUCACUAAUAAAAGCCCCCAGUCUCUCACCUGGACUGUAAAGAUAGUCUCUUAGUUGGUCUUCCUGUCCUCUCUUUUAUACAGCUACAAAAAUCAUCUACUUCACCUCUGAACAUGCUCAAGAAUCUGUAGUAGCUCCCUAUUGCCUCUAAGAUCAAAUUUUGAAAGCCCUCAACAAGCCUGACAGGUUGACUUUCCAUUACUCCUUUUCACAUACUUCAUUGUAGCCAAACUGCUGAGACAGCAUCCCACUUCCUACCUUUAUGUCUUUGCAAAGGUUGUCAUGUUUUCUUCUUCCUCUUGCCUCUUAGAAACCUUAGCUUGGUUUCUAAGAAACCUUGAGUUGAGAAACCUCAACUCAGGAGGCACCUUGGACCUUUCCUGAUCACCACAAUUCCUAGAUCUCUCUUCCCUCCUCCAAUAUUCUCAAACCUCUCUGGGCAUAUCCAGUAAACUUUUCCCCUCUCCAUCCUCCUGACCCAAGUAUGAAGUAGGGCAGAAAAUCAUUUUGUUUUUGAAUCCCCAACACCAGCCACAGUACUUGGCGCAUAGUGAGUAUUUAAUACAAUUUAAUUAAUUUGGAAAGAGCGAAUCAGUAUCCAGAAGCCACAAAAUAGCCAAUCACCAAAAGAUAAAUCCUCCCUGAAUAACAGGUUGAACUUAUGCCCCUGUAUCUGCCCUAGGAUCAGUUUCUAAUUUGAUUUCUCAGGAACUUAAUAUUCUGAUUAAAAGAAUACUAAAUACUAAAUAAUUUGUCAUAAUUGUUGUUAAAUAAGAGAGUAGCAAUAAUGCAUCUAAAACAUGAACAUAUUUUAGCUCCUGACCAGUUACAUGGCUUUGGGCAAAAUAUUUCCUCUUCUCUAGGCCUCAGCUGCUCCCUCUAUACAAUGGGUGGGUUAGACUCUCUCUAAGGGCAUUUUAUAGUUUAAAUAUUCCCAUAAUUCCUGUACCUAUCUCUUCUACCAUAUAAAUUUCCUCAUAAAGAAUUAAUUUUUAUAGCCUUUCUACUUUGCAGGUCUUCUGAUUCUUCACCAUGGUGUCUAAGUGAACUUCUGAAGGAUAUGCUAAUAGAAUGCAAAACUUGGCUAGUUCCUAUCAAGUGGAAAAGACUUAGAGGAGGAGUCUAGGGGCAGAUUGGCAGUCCACUGAGGGCCAGCGUAACAGGCAAGGAUAAAUUCACAACUGACAGGGAGCAAGAUAUGAGAAGGAAAAGACAAGCCCUUCAAAUAAAGAGUGAUUAAAAGACAAAUGAGCCCAGAAAUAAAGGGAGACAGUAAAAAUACAUAUGCAGAGAGAAAAUGGGUUGACUAUUAAGGGAGAAGGAGAGACAGGAGGGAGCUAGUAUCCAGUAAAUGGGUACACUGAGGGAAAUAAGUAAAGUUGUACCCACUAAGAGGAGAAAAGAUAGAUAGAAAAACUGAUGAGUAGCUCUGGGGGAAGUAAAUUGAGAGGAAUAGAUGGGGAAACCGAGGAACAAGAAACUGAAAGGGAGAGAGAGAAACACAGAAGAUCAAAGAAAUGGAAAGAUGUAACUAGAGAAAGGAGGAACACAAGCAGCAAGGAAAAACAGAAAGAAAACCUCAGAGGGAGGAGGAGGAGGAAGAGACAGAUUGCCAGACCUAACCAAGUAGGGUGAAAAGGAAGAAAGGGAAACAAUUCAACCCAAGGAGGGAGGGAAGUAUGGAUGCACAGGCUCAGGAAAGGAGGAGUGCUGAAAAGACCUAGGAGGGCAGAACUGUCAUAGUCAAGGUAGAAGAGUCAAAGAUGGAGAGCUUUUGAAAAGUAGAAACUGAAAGAGACAUCCAAGAAGGACUGGAUAGCCAGAGAAGGUCAGACAAGCCCUUAAAUAGAGGAAAGGUGGCAAAAACCCACGAAUGGACUGAAAUAGGGACAGUAGAAAGGACUAAAAGAUGCAGGAAGGGGAGGAUGAGGGAAGCACCAAUCAAAUCUUUUGAAAAGGCUUGGAGGAUCAAGGAUAUAAAAAUUGAAGAAUGGACAGAACUAGGAAAUGUGGGAGAAAGAAAGCAGGUCGAGAUGAAAGGAAAUAAAGGGAAAGAUAAACAAAUAGGCACAAAGAGCGAGAGGCCAACAAAUAACUAGGAAGAUUGGUAUAAUGCACAAGGAUAGAUAGAAGAACUUAGGAAGGAGGGGAGAGAAGGACAGAUAUAUAGACUGACCCAAGGACAGAGGGAGGGAAGGAAGAAACUAAGUUCAAACCAUAGAACUGAUAGACUCAUGGAUGUACAGAACUAGGGAAGGAGGACAGAAGACAGUUUCAGUGAUAGAAAGAAGGAGUAAGAGACACAGAGGUAGAAGCAGCAAAGGAAGAAAGGAAUGAUGUGGAAUAACCACUACUUAUCUGGUUGGCAAGUCUGACUACAGCAAGUGUUAUUAGACCAACUGGUACAUCUGAGAGAUAGCUCUAGAGAACUUCAUAAUACCAUUAAACAGCAGUGAAAGGAGUAGCAGAAACACGAAUCAAAAAGAUUUAAGAAAUGGCAUAUACAGUCAAGGAUGGAUGCAAUGAAUGUCUGAUAGAUGGGACUAGGAAUAGAAAGGGCAAAGUAAGAGCAAGCCAUGGAUAUUGAAUGUUGCCUUGUGUCUUGGGUAAGGGUGUGCAAAAGAGGAGGCAGGAAGGUCACAGCUCCUUUUAGUGCAACCAAAACCUGGCUACACAGGAAUGAACAAACCCAAUGAGAGUGGAAUUAUGACACAGACUCGAGGAAGGACAGCCCCAAGAGGGAUCCGAGGAAGGAAGGGAGUUCAUUUAGUAUAGUCACAAAAGUCCUAGAAUGUAACUUUUGCUGCUGUUCGACUGUGUCUGAUUCCUUGUGACCACUUGGAGUUUUCUUGGAAAAUAUCCUGGAGUGGUUGGACAUUUCUUUCUGCAGCUCAUUUUACAGACAAGAAAACUGAGGCAGAUGGAGGUGAAGUGGCUUGCCCAGCAGCUAGUGUCUGAGGCCAGAUUUGAACUUUGACUCCAGCCCUGGUACUCUACCCACUGUGCCACCUACAUGUCUCAGUAGAAUGUAACCACAAGGUAUAAAAGAGAUGCUAAGCAGUUUUCCUACAAACCUACAACAAUGGGUGAAUAAAUUCCUUAAAGAAUCUGAGAAGAUUAAAGGACCUGGGCCUUGCAAUGAGGGCAACUGAAACCAUACAGGAAACAUCUCAAUGCUGGCUAUGAUUGGAUAAGUAAGUCCCAAUUAUUAUGGAAGAAGAUCCCUUAUGCUUGUACCAGAAGGUAUAGGUGCUACCUAUUGGCCCAUAGUAUUGUAUCAACUGGACCAGAGAGAGAUGAUGAAUCCCAGGGGAAACAGAGACACAAUCUAGAGAGACAUAGUUGACCCAGCACGGACUCUGUACCCAAGUGGAACUUUGUAAGUAUUCUAUGAAGGGGGAAGAGACUUCUAAGCCUUGUAGUAUUAGGAACUGUGAGUUGCAUUUGCCACACAUAUUCUCUAUGUGUGUCUCAUUAUCAAUGUACUCUGAAUUUGAAUCCACCAUCCCAAUAGAUAUCAUAAGUACUUGUGGUAGAGCAUUCCCAAAUGUUUGGGGAGGUUUUUUUGUCAGGGGGAGAUAUCUUUUUAAUUCUACUGUUCUUGCUAUCCAUCAUAGUAAAUGAGUUUUGUUAGCAAUAGAUAAGUCUGUUCGUUUAUAGUUAAUGAGAAGCUCAUCAGUGGGAUAGCUACAGUAAUAGGAGUAGCCACAGAGAGCAUUACUCCUCAGUGAGAUGUAGCAGCCACCCUGUGAGGCCUAAACCUAAUUUUGCAAGUUAUGAAAGUAUUUCAAAGGAGGUGCUACGGGAGAAUGGAGAAAAGGAUGAGUAUAUAGGUAAUUAUUAGAACCUACUAUCUACAGUCAGAUGCCAACAAAACUGAGAAUUCAAAAGAAAUCUGAUUGUCCACAAAGAUAUAAAAUAGCAAAAUUAACAGAACAGAGGAACAUUUUUAAAUAAUCUUGUCUCAGAAGAAAGGUUACUAAUCAUAAGAGAAGGAAGGAAAUCCCAGGUACAGACUGAUUUACAGAAAAAAAGUCUUUCAAACUUUUAAAGAAUAACAAAUACGCUACUCAUUCUCAAAACUGGAAAAGGAAAAAAACUAUCAUUUUUUAUGAAACAAACAUAGUCUUAUCUAUAUGAGGCAAGGUUAAAUCAAAGAACAAGAAGAGUACAACAAAAUCAUUAAUACUCAUUCAAAAAUUUUACAUAAAAGUUUGGCAAAAUUAAUGCCAACUGAUCCCCCCAAAAUCAUUCACUAUAAUCAAGUUGAGUGUAAGGAUGAUACAACAUUAGGAAAAAGAAUAAGACUAUAUUAAAACAGAGAACAUCUCAAAGCACAUGGAAUUGAAGACAAGGCAGUGGAUAUGGAUUCAGAGACCUGAGUUCAAAUCCCACCUUAGGUAUUUACUAGCUACUGUAGGAUUCUUAAUCUUUCUGUACAUGAAUCUUUCCUCAAGAAAGAUGAGAUUGCACUCAAUAGCUUCUAAAUUUCCUUCCAGCCCAAAAUCUAUGCACCUACGAUCUGUGAACAUAUCCAUAAAUAAUAUCUAGAAUGUAUAUGGUGAUUUAAGGUUUGCAAAAUGUUUCACAUAUGGUCUCACUGGAUCCUCACAACAAGCACGUGAAGAAGGUAAUAUUAUUAUACACAUUUUACAGAUGAGGAAACUGAGUCUGGAAAAAGUUAAGUGACUUGCUCAGAAUGACACACAUAGUGUUAUGGUUACAUUUGAACUCAGGUCUUCCCAAUUCCAGGUCUAGUGUUCUAAUCAUUGCAUCACCUGGCUGCCAAUAGAUGCAACAUCUUGAUGCAGAAAAAGCCUUUGAAAAGUAUAACACAUUAUAUUGAAAAAAUAUAUAGACAUAAAAGACAUUUUUUUAGUAUAUCAAAAUUAUCCAAGAUCAGUGGGGACACAGAAGCUUUUCCCAUAAAUAAGAGAGUAAAACAAAGAUGCCCUCUUUCCUUGGUAUAGUUCUAAAAAUACUAGCAAUAGCAACAAGGGGAAAAAUCAAGGUGUAAAGAUAGGCAAAGUAUAGAUAGAACUCUCCCUACCCGUUGAUGAUGUGACAACUUACUUAGAAAAAUCUAGGAAAUCAGCAAUAGAACUAAUUGAAACAAAUGAUAGAUCUUCAAUAAGAUCACAGGCUAUAAAAUACUCCCUUCCAUAACAGCAACAACAAAAUAUGGAAGCCAGUAACAGAAAGGUUAGUCCUAUUCAAAAUAAUGAAAAAGUGCCUAAAAUAUCUGGGAAUCAAUCUCUGAAAUAACACUCAAUACCUGUGGAAGAUACUAUUAUAAAACUAUCCUUAAAGAAAUAACAAAACAAAUAAUGGGAGAAAUAUUUUCUGAUCAUGGCUGGGCCAUCAAGAUAUAAUAAAAAUAACAAUCUUAUCAGUACUCAUUAUAUUUACAUAGUUCACCACCAAUCACAGUACCAAAGAGAUACACAGCUAGACAAAAUAAUAAAAUUCAUUUGGAAAAAAGGAUCUAUAUAGAAAUAAUUGGAAAAUAGUACAAAUGAAGAGGAAAUAGCACUUCCCAAACUGAAAUAUUAUAAAACAGUCAAUACCAUUUGCUGAUGGUUAAAAAAGAAUAAAUCAAUGGGUCAGAUUAGACAAGGAUGAAACGGUAAUAAGUUAACUCAAUAAUCUGAUAUUUUAUAUAUCUAAAUAUAUAAAUUACCUAGGAAAGAAUUCCAGGUUUGACAAGCACUUCCAGGAAAAAUGAGAAGCAGUCUGGUAGUAUUUAAAUUUAGACUAACAUUUUAUAUCAUAUACCAGAAUAAAAUCAAAAUAGAUACAUCACCAGGAUACUAAGAAUCAGACCAUUAAAAAAAUCAGAAGGAAAUCAGAUUAUUGGUAUCCCAUAUCUAUUAGUAGGGAAUAACUUCUUAACUAAAUAAGAAAUAGCAGUGAUGGAAAAUAUGACAUGGAUAAACAUGAUUUCACAAAAUUAAAAAGCUUUCAUGUGAACAAAAUUGAUAGAAUGAGAAGAGGGGAAAGAGUCAACUGGGGAAAUAAUCUCUGUAUUAAACAUCCCUUACAAGAGCCUGAUAUCCAAGAGGCAUAAACAAAAAACCAAAGUAUAUAAGGCCAAAAACCUUUCCCCAAGAGAUAAAUGGUCAAUGGAUAUGACUGAAUUCUUCAUAAACACCAAAAUAUUUCUAGCAGUAUUUUUGUAAUAACCAAAAACUGGAAACAAGAUGGAUGCCCAAUGACUAGGGAAUGGCUUAACAUAUGUAUGGUUAGCACAUGGAUGUAACAAAAUAAUACUUCAUUGUAUGCAGUGAUGAAGGGAAAAUAAGUCUCUCCAAUGUGCCAGGCAAUGUGCUUAGCACAUUUACAAAUAUUACCUAAUUUGACACUGAAUAUAGAGAGAUACAGAAAGAUUUAUAUGAACUGAUGCAAAGGGAAGUAAGAAUUAGGAAAACAAUCAACAUAAUCACUACAAGUGGAAAGAACAACAAAAAAAUAGAAACAAUAGGAAGUGAAAGCUGCAAAAAACUCAUGAUCAAACUUGAUCCCCAGAGAGGAGAUAUGAGAAGACCUCACUCCCUGAUUCAGUCAAUAAACUUUUAUUAAGCUACUGUGCUAGUAAGUGCCAAAGUAUCAAGAAUCUGUGCUGAGCAUGGAGGAUACGAUCUCUGCUCUGAAAUAUCUCAUGGUCUAAUAUGGGAGGCAACAUGCAAACAAUGAUGGAAAACAAAAUAAAUACACAGUGUACUGGAGUAUCACUAGAGGGAAGGCAUGACAAUUAUGGGGAAUUGGGAAAGGCUUCCUGUAGAAGGCAGCAUUUUAGCUAGGACUUUAAGGAAGCCAGGAGGGAGAGAUGAAACAGAAGAGCAUCACAAACAUAGCAUACUAUACAUAACAUCAGACUUUUGGGGAUAGAUUUGUUAGUUUUACUGAGCUUACUUUCCUUUUUUUAAUAAUAAGGGAUUGGCUCCCUGGGAGGACUGAGGAUUUUCAGAGGGAAAUGUAGAGGAUAUAAAAAACAAACUAUAUAAAAAUUUUUCUUUCAAAACAAAACAAAAAUGUUCACUAAACAAAUGAGAAGCUAGAACAAAAUUUAUUUGUCGAUAGAUAAUUCCAAAAAGCAGGAGUUGUAAUCAUGUGAUCAGGCAACAUAUGAAAUCUAAUGCAUGGGAUUCAGUCUUUUAGGUUCCUGUCCAAAUUGUUCCUUUUGUGGAAAGGAUUCUUAGCAGGUUCACAGUGUUAGGGUCUCUUGUGAAGGUGACUUCUGGUAACAGGCUAUAUGAAGGUUUAGAAUUUAUUAAAUCUCUGUCCUUAUUCCAACAUCACUAAAGCUAUUUAAAUAAUGCAAUGGCUCUCCUAAGGAGACAAGUGAGAAAUUCAGAGUUGUUAGAAUGCUACAAGAGGGAUUCUUCUACUUGGUGAGAGAUUAAACUAGGGACCCCUCCAUAGUCUUUAUUCCUAUGUAUUUUGAUUCUAGAUAAUUUGUCAGUUAGACAAUGAGAAAAUUGGAAGGGUUACAUGAAAAGACCUUUGGGGGGGGUAGGUAGGUGACUCAGUGGAUUGAGAACCAUGCCUAGAGACAGGAGGCCCUAGGUUCAAAUCUCACCAGAGAUACUCUCUAACUGUGUGAUGCUUGACAAGUUGCCUAACCCCCAUUGCCUACAUGGUAUUGAUUCUAAGAGAGAAGAUAAAGGUUAAAAAAAAGACCAUUGAAGCUAUUUUUCUGUGAAGGCCUCGCCUUGCAAUUUAGUGAUUCUGUUCAUGUAGAGAGUUAGAAAUUCUUCCUAGUGCCCAUGGAAGCAAUGUAAGAAGCAGUUUGCCUCAUUUGGGGAAGUCCUGUAAAACUUGACAGUAUUAUUUGUUCUCAGCAAAUUUAGGAUGCCUGAAAGGAGGAAAACCUAAUAUAUCCUCUAUGAGUUACUUGUAUCCUCCUCUGAUGCCUCAUUAAGGCAUAAAUUCCUAAAAGCUAUGUCAGUGACAUACAAACUCUGGCAGCUUCUACUAAGCUGGAAAAGCACUGUCUAGAGCUACUGAAGGGACUGUUUUUAGGUUGACUGCUCCAAGUUUAAGAACAAUUCAACAAAGUUUCAAGAGUUCCAUCAUCAGCUAGGCCACAGGGUGAGACCUUUUAUAGGUGCAAGAACUUUUAGAGCCUGGCUGAGAUCAGUAUGAGUAGAAGACAGAUCCUUGUCAAAAAAGGAGGAGUUAAUUAGUUACCACUAAGAAAAACUACAGUGGACUAACCAAAGGCUACCUAAAACUAAUAUCCACUACUAUUUAAAAAACAAAACACAAGAAAAUCGGACCAGCACAGAACUGAACAGGAUUCUGACCUCUUGUGUACUAUCUUUUCAACCCUCAUUGAAAAAAUAAAGAAAACCAAAGUGUUUGUAAUGCAUAUGUAAUGUCAAACAAAAUAAAAUUUCCACAUUGUCCAUAUCCAAAAAUAUGUCUCAUUAUCCACUCUGAGUCCAUUACCCAGGUCAAGAGGUGGGUAACAUGAAUAAGCAGUUUCUCUGGAGCCAUGGUUGGUCAUUGCAUCAAUCAGCAUUUGUAAAUCUUUCAAAGCUAUUUGUCUUUACAGUAUUAUCAUAUAAAUUACUCUCCUCAUUCUGCUAACUUCACUACAUAUCAAUCCAUACAUGUGGUCCCAGUUGUUUUUCUGAAACUACUCCUUCAUCAUUUCUUACUGCACAAUAAUAUUCUAGUAUUUACAUAUAAUCAAUCAACUAUUUUCCAACUAAUAGGUAUUCCCUCAGUAUCUAGUUCCUUGCCAUUGAAAAACAUCUACUAUACAUAUAUAGGUCCUUUUCCUCUUUUUGGAUCUCUUCGGAGAAUAGAUAUAGUAGUGAUGUUGCUCAGUCAAAAGGUAUGGGGCACGUCAUUAGGGGGCAAAAUUCCAGGUAGCUUUCCGGAAUGCCUGGACUAAAUACCAAAUCUGCCAAUAGUACAUAAGUUUGCCUGUUAUCUCAAAAUCUCUCCAAAAUUAGUCAUUGUCCUUUUUGGUCAUCUUUGUCAAUCUGAAAGAUAUGAGGUGGAAGUUAAAUGUUGCUUGAAGUUGCAUUUCUCUGAUUAUUACUGAUUGAGAAUUUUUUUCCUUCUGAGUGUUGAUAGCUUGAAUCUCUUCAUUUAAAAACUGCCUGCUCAUAUCCUUUGUCUUUUUAUUUUGAAUCACUUUCUCACACAUAUUGGAUAUAAGACCUUUGCAGAGAAACUUGCCAUAGUUUUCCCAGAGAUUUCUUUUCCCCCUCAUAAUUUUAGAUAAUUUUGAGGUGAUUUUUACCCCUGUUGUUAUAUGUAGAAUGGACCUUCCUGCUUAGACUUCUGAGGCAUCUAGGGAGCCACAAGUUUUGAAACUGACAAAGAUUUCAGUGAGUCUUAAGACUAGACUUCUAAUUUUAUUUAUUAGCUUUUUAAAAACAAACUAGAUAGUCAUCCACAAACAUGAAUAUAUGGAAAUAAAAAAGGGAAUUGCAUAUGAAAUCAUGGAUCUACCAUAUAUAGUUUGCUUUGAAUAAAACAUCAGCUUUAACAAAGUAGUACUAUCACUGCCCUUCUCUGUGUCCUCUUCUAAAUUUACUUUGGCUUGUAUAAUUAGUGUGUGUGUGUGUGUUUCAUGAAUACUUUCAUUUUUUUAAACAUCAUUAUCACUAUUUCCUAUUCUCAGCCCCUUCCCCCAUUCCCUACUCUUUCAAUAAAAGCUAAACCUUGUAUCAAAUUAGUAUAAUCAAGCAAAACAAAUUUACCUUACUUUCCAGGUAUCUUUUGUCUCCUGGGUUUACAUUUACAGAUCUAUCCAGCUCUGAUCUUCUCCUCAAAAAUGCUUGAAAGUUCUCUCCUGUUAGAGGUUCAUUUUUCUUAUCCUGUUGGAUUAAACUCAGCUUUGCAAGCCAAGUUACUCUUCACUGUAAGCCUUUAUUGUCUUCAUUUAUGGUAGCUUUUGCAUAGUCUCUCUUAUCAUAACAGUGGUACCUGAACUCUUUCUUCCUGGCUGCUUAUGGAAUGGAAUUUUUGUUUUGUCUUACUUUAAAGUGGAAGCUCUGGAUUUUUGGUUUUUUUCCAUUUGGAGUUUCUUUCAGGAGGUAAGCAAUGGACUAUAUAUUUUCACUUUACCCUCUAGUUUUAAUAGGCAUGAGCAGUUUUCAUUUGUGAUUCUUUGAAAUAUGAAAAAGACCUUUUUUAUCAUUUGUUUUGUGUAGUCAAUGGUUCUAUCUCCUAGAUCUGUUUUCUAGGUUCUGUUUCUGAUAGAAAAUGCCUUACCUUUUUCUUUAAAUUUUUUUGACCUUUUCACAUCAUCUUAGUAUUUUUUGUUGCCUCAUGGAGUUAUUGAAUUCUGACUUCUCCAAUCUAUUUUUAGGGUGCUUGCUAUUUUAUAAGGUUUUCCAUCUUCUAGUCUGUUAUUUCCUUUUCAUUCAUUUUUUCCCUGCAGAACACAUUUAAUUUUUUAAUAUCUUGCUUCAUUUUGUUCUAGAUACUCUUGGAGUCCCUUGGGGCCAAGCUAUUUUUUUAUUUGAAGUUAUACUUGAAUGUGUUGGGGAGUUGUCAACUUCUUCUGGAUUUACCUCCCAGGCACAGUAUUUCUUUUUCAUAUUGAGUGUUUUCUUCUGUCUGCUUAUAUUUCCAGCCUCACUUUCUGGAUUGGGACUUUUUGUUUGCAUCAAACUCUAGUCUCUCAUAUUUUGGUGUGGUGGUCAUAGAAAUGAUCAUUAGACCUGCUUGGACCCAUUCUUUUUUAUAGUCUGGAUGCUCGACUCCCUUAUUUUACAGAAUGGGGAAGGGAAAACUUCUAGAAGAUCAUAUUGCUAAAGGCAGAACUAGGAUUUGAACCAAGGGUCUUCUAAAAAAACAGUCACUGGAGUUCACAAAACAAUUUCAAGCAAACAACCAGGUGUGGAGGCAAGGUGAGAAAAGGGCAUAAUGUUCCCUGCCUAAAAUAAAAAAAAAUUAGAGUAUUCACAAAGUUUGCCUAGAUUUUUGUGUUUUCAGGGUCAAAAGGAGUUGUCCAAAGAGAGUAAGGGAAUCUUGUUGUAUCCUUGUUAAGGAGAUGACUAUUGCUUCAUGAUAAUAAGUGAUAAGUGUCUGGAUUUGAAUUUGGAGGAAUUAGGAUUAAAUCUUGGGUUCAGAUGACCUUACAGGAUAACAGUAGCUUGUCCGUGUGGUAUUUUAAAGUUUCUAAAGCAUUUUUUGUUUGUACUUGCAAUAACCCUGCAAGGUAGAUAGUAUUUUGAUCCUUAUUUCAGAGAUGAGGAUACUGAGACUGAGAAGUUUUGUGGCUUGCCAUGGUUACUUGCUAUCUAAGGAAGGCACACUAUGCCACCUCUGCAAGUCACCUUGGGCUUCAGUUUCUUUAUCUGAAAAAUGGAGCUAAGAAUUGUACCUACUUUGUAGAGUUAUGGCAAGGAUGGCAUGUGCUUUGCAAACUUUGUGAAUUCCAACAAAGGAGAGCACAGUAAUGCACUGGACUGGAUUUUAGGAGACCUGGGUUUCUAAUCCUGGCUCUGCCUCUAACUGUUUAUUGUAUAAGAAGUCCCUUUUUCUUUUUUGAGGUUAUUUUCCUCCUUUGAAAAAUGAGUGGGUUGAGCAUCCGGGCUACAGAGUAGACACGACCAAGCAUUGGUCUACAUGAUCUACCUCCCCAAGUUAUUUUGAGGAUAAAAAUGAGAUAUUUGUAAAGCACUUAGCUUAGUCCACAGCUCACAGUAGGUGUUAAUUCCAGCUGUCGUUACUCUUAUUAAUUUUUAUACACUUCAGAUAGAGGUCCCUGUAAAUAUCCCUCCAAGUGUAAUCCAGGCACUUGUGGGGGAGGGAGGACGGAAUAUAAACUAUCCAAUGUGGAGAAGAGUUACAUAUAUUCUCACCCCCUGCAGAAGUAAUUCAGAUCCGCCUCUAGCCCCACACUUGGCCUCAUAAAAUCUGGAGAAGUUAUCUUUCAUUUCACACUUGGCCUUUCUACCUUUUCCCUACUGGUGACCCCUAAUCACUCCCCUCCCUGCCCUGCCCAGGCUUUCCUCAAACCUCAUUGGAGCUUUUUGAUCAGCUGUCAUUACCACAAAGAGACAUGGUCUUUUUCCAGGAUUGUUAUCUCAGCUUGUUGUUUUGGUUCUCUGAAGUGAGCCUUUCACAGGGUCACAGAUCUAGAACCAGACAGGACCUGAGGGACUGUGGAGUUCCAGCCUUCUCAAUUUGUUGCUGAGGAGACUGCAGAGACCUGCUUAGGUAAGUCCCAAGGCCCAAUUUCAGGCCUAACCUUCUUUCCAUUGCCUAUCACUGUUUCCUUUCCUUUUUUAUAAAACCUAGGCACUCCUCUCUCACUUCCUUCUCCUGUCUUUAGCUUUUAGUUUAGACUUUGGGCUUCAGGAGGUCUAUCUCAGUGGCCGCAAAACCUCACAGAGCACACAAUCAAGACUAAGAAAAUGUCAUUUUUACUCUACCCAAUUUAAUGUGAUAGAUGGAAACAAAAUUUGACCAGUUUGUAAUCGUAGAGGCUUGUCUACAGAGCUAACACCUGCUCAUAAACAUUCAGAAAGUAUUUACCAGGGAGUCAUGUGGUGUCUAGUUGAUCUAGGCAAACACGGACUUCCAUGGAUUUACAGGAAGCUUCCAAUCUGAUUAGGAGUAGGAGGUGGGAGAGAGACAAGACCAGUCCAACAAAAGUUGCAGUGUUGGUAAUUGAGACUACUACGAGAAACGAAUAGGACAGGUAAGUACUUUGAAACUAAAUUGUGUAGGACCUUGAAUGUCAACAUGACGUAAUUGUUACUUUUUAAAGUGUGUCAGACAGUCAUAGAUCUUAAAUAUUAUCUGCUCUGUUAACCUGAUUUUAUAGAAGGGGAAAUGCUCUAAGAGGCAAAGCCAGUAAUGGAAGCAAGAUCUCCUGAUGCCUCGCUUCUGCAGUGAAUGACUAGGAGCUUUGUUUAGCUCUGGGCUUCUUAACCUUUGUAGUGCAUGUCCUGAACCCUUUUGGCCAUCUAGAAAGGCCUAUGAAUCCCUUCUCAGAACCAUGGUUUUAAAUGCAUAAAGUGAAAUAUGUAAGAUUAUAAAGGAAACCAAAUACAGUGAAAAAGAAUCAAGUUCUUUUUUGCAAGAUUUUUAGAAAGUUCAGCCCCUAAGUUAAAAUGCCUGCAAUCUAGAUUUAAAAAAACAAAAAACAAACCUAUAGUUCAUUGGAAUGGCUCCUAUGCCCAUGUUUGGCUUUAUGUAACUAAGACAUAGAAGGUCCUGGAAAGGGCUUCCCCUGUUUUAGUGCCCCGGAGACAGAGUUGAAACUUACUUUUCAACAACCCAUCUCAUUGGUGGAAGCCCCCAACUGCAUCUAAUUGGUUAACUUUAAACAAUGUCUCCACCUAUACUCUAUCUCUGGAAGUAUCUGUUGAACUGGUCCAGACUACGUGAGGACUGUCUGGUGUCAAGACCAAGGAUAGCCUGUUCAUUUUUUAUUUUGUGCAAAGCUGUGAUUUCAUUCAUCUAGCAAAAAAAAUUAAAAACACCCUCGGCUGCUGCAGGUAGGCAACUAAGAGUUUUUAUAACUUUCUGGGCAUGUUAAGUGUUUUAAGUAGUUUGUCCAUGGUCAUGAAGGGGCAACUGGUGGGCAGUAGACAGAGAAUUGGGCCUCAAGUUAGGAAAACUUGAACACAGAGCCGGCCUCAGACGCUUCCUAGCUGUGUGGCCCUGGACAAAUCAUUUAACUUCUGUUAAUCAGAGUUUUUUCAACUGUAAAGUGAAAAUAAUAAUAGCACCUACUUUGUGGGGUUGUUGGAUCAAAUGAGAUAUUUGCUUUAAAAAAGGGAGAGAGAAAACUGCUUAGAAUGGUGCCUGGCACAUAAUUGCUGAAUUCCCUCCCCUCACAAAGCCAGUUGAUCAGAGACAGAAUUUGAGUUUAGAGCUCCCUGACAAGAAGGUCAACUUUAGGGAAUCCUCUACUGAGGAUUAUACUAUAAGGCAUGCUUGGCCUUCAGAAGCAGUGUGGAGGAGGCUUAGCUGAGGAGUUUUUAAUCUACCUUCCCUCUCCCCUCUUCCCACUCUUCCACCCCCUAGUCCUAGGCCUCUCCCAAACAAUCUUUUUAUUGCACUGGGGAAAGUAAUUUAUGUAUGGGAUAGUAGAAAGUAUGUUUGGGCUCCCAGGUCCAUUUACCUGAUAACCUCUGAUUUUAUUCAAAUCCCUCAACCUCUCUGGGCCUCUUUCUUAAUUUCUAAAAUUAGGGAGUUGGACUACGUGGCCUCUAAGAUACUUUCAAGCUGUAAGAGACCUCAAUUUGCCCUGUAGGAAUUAGCAUGGAGGAAAUGUGGUAUAAAACUUAGCACUGGGCUAAACUGUCAGUUACUCCCUGAAUGACCUUGAAGGCAAGUGCCUUCAACCCUGGGGACCGGUUCAACAGUUGUUUCUAUGUUUCUUUUCAAACUCAUACUCUGUAUCCUGUGCCUUCAUCCUUUCAGAGCCCUUAGCAGCUAGAGGAGUGGUUGGUAGGAAGAAAAUCUCAACAUGGAUUGCUUUUCAGAUUGGAAACCAGAGAAAUUUUGAGUCUUCAUAAAUUUGGCCAAAAGACUUAGGUGAAGGAUCAUCUGGAAAUUCCAUCAACACAAUGGAAAUCCCACCUUUUCAAGACAAAGACAAUGAGAGUAUUGACAACUUCUUACCUCUAUUUGCUGCUGACCCAAUGCAGGCACUUACUGCUCAAGAGAAGGACUCUCUGGAGUCAGCCACAUAUAUACCUAUGUAUGCCAAUGAACCAGUAUCACCAUAUACUUUAGAUGAUAAAGAUGUUCUGGAUGCAGACUCAUACGCAUCUUUAUUCUCAAUUGAUUCAAUGGCACCAUUUACUCCUGAAGACAAGGAAAAUCAGUCCGUUGCCUCCUAUCUACCGAUGUAUCCCAUAAACACCAUGGAAGCAAAUUCCUUGGAAGAACUUCCUGAAGGACCAAGUGCACCAAUAUAUGCUCUUGAACCAGUUGAAUCUCUAGAGAACAGUAACCGGCAACUUGAUGUAGAGAACUUAUUGCCUUUCUUCUCCGAUGACCCGAUGCAAAUGCCUAUAAACCAAGAUACUCAGGCCCUGUGUGUGGGAGAUGAACAGAAUGGCAAUGGUGCAGAGGGAGGUCAAAGCUUUGAUGCCUUGGAGGAAAGUUGGGAGCAGAAACAACUGCAAAUCAAGACUCUGGAGGGAGAAUUUGCCAUCACAAUGUGGUCAGCAGAUGAAGAACAAAAAGUGAUCUCUGAAUCAAUGGUAGCAAACGAAGAGCUCCCAGAAGAAGCUUUAUCUUUGGAGAUUCCUGAGAAUCUGACCAGAAAGAAGCCUAGUGCCGAAGGGAUGACUCUGAUCAAUCUGUCCGAUCCCCAACAACUGGCUGAAUUUAUCCAUCAAAAUAAGCCACCUGGUGAAGCUGAGAAGAAGCUGCCUUGCCCUCACGGAGAAUGUCCCAAGCUAUUCAGAGAUAAUUCUGCCCUGCGGAAACAUAUGCAUACCCAUGGUCCCAAGGGUCACAUCUGUGCGGAAUGUGGAAAGGCUUUUGUUGAGAGUUCCAAACUAAAGCGACAUAAAUUAGUUCAUACUGGAGAGAAGCCAUUUCAGUGCAUGUUUGAAGGUUGUGGGAAGCGUUUCUCACUGGACUUCAACCUACGCACACACAUGCGCAUCCAUACUGGAGAUCGGCCCUAUGUGUGUCCAUUUGAUGGUUGUACCAAGAUGUUUGCCCAGUCAACCAACCUGAAAUCUCAUAUCCUGACCCAUGGCAAGUCAAAAUGCAGCAAGUAAAGAGAAAAGAGAAAAAAGAUAUUGCCAUUGAAAGGAAUAUGAGUAGAUAUAAACAUAGGUUCCAUUUGUUGUAACAUUUCUAGAAGAGAAAUUUUCUAAACUGAAUCUCAUCCACAUGGUACUGUGGGUUCAGCUUUUCCAAGAGAAGACCCUGAUUUCCCUCUCAGUUCUACUCCCUCCUUCUCCUCCUCCAAAUUUCCCAUCACUAGCUAAUGUCCCACUGCUCUUCCAGUAAUUCAGGCUCAUCCUUCCCUCUACAUUACCACCUCUCUAUCUCCCACCGCAUAUCUAAUGAGCGGUCAAGUUUUGUGGUCCCAUCUCUAAUCUAUCAUAUGGGUCCCUUUCUCUCCACCCAAGCUCAUGACUUGACCUUCUCUCCAUUAGACUUGGCAGUUGUGUCCUCUUUAAGUUCCCUGCUUCCAGUCUCUCCUUCCUUUGAACCCUGUGCCUGAAAUGUUUUCUUUCCUUAUUCUCCUAUCAGAUUCCUUAUCUCCCAAGUUGUAAUUUCCCCAAACCUAGUAGAUAUUAGUGUUUGCUGUUGACUCAAGUUAUAACUUCUGCGUUUACUUGUUAUUUCCCCAAUGGAAUUUGAGCCUUUGGGGGCAGGGAUUGUUUUUGAAAUUGCCUCUGUGUGUGACAGUUUAUAAAUGACAAAUACUAAAUAAAUGUUGGCAUAAAUUGAUUUGAAACUCA